AUGCCGCCAUCAACGUUGGCGAAUGCCAUUGCGGCGAGCGAGGUUGCCGAGAACAGGGCUGGGUUGGAGUGCUUCACUGACAAGGAGCGGACGUCCGAGUUCUGCGAGGCCACGGAUCCGGCCGGCAACCUUGAGUCGAACAGCUCGGCAGGGCACAAGGAGUACCAAGACAGACUCCGGACGAUCGCGCUCCGCAAGGUGGGCCGAGUGGUUCUUACAGAGGGCUUCGAGAAGGCCGAGAUUGCUGAGGUCCAUGACUACCUCAGAACGGACUUCUGGCGAGACAUUGAAAUCAUCCGUGGUUUCGGCAAAGGGCAGAGGAUCUACGAAGAUGCCUUAACAAGCAUGGAGUGGGUCCAGCCCAUGGCCGACGGUCGCGAGUUCAAGAACGGAGGCGGUUACCGGCUCAAGUACGACAAGGAGGGCCGCAUGAGGCCACAGGGCAAUCAGAAUGCGAAAGAUGGCGUGAUCCCUGGCAAGCUGCCUGAGCUGGACAAGCUGAUGCAGCGGGUGAUGGUCGAGCAGGGAAUCGACGACCGUGUGCUGAAGAGGCCAGGCCUCCUGUGGUAUCCGGAUGGCAAUGCUGACGCCAUCGUGCAUCGGCAUGAGGCGUGGACAGCGUUGAUGUCCUUCGGAGCACCACGGAUUCUGACUAUUGAUGGUCAACCCGUCCUUCUCCGCGACGGCGAUCUCAUCGUUUUCGGCACUCAGCGGCAUGGUGUUCCGAAGAUGUGCUCGGAAGGAUCCAGCUUCGGGGACUACGGUGGCCGCAUGUCCGUGGUCAUGUUCUUCAUGCCCACGGGCCAGCAAGCCACAGGCGCGGCACCAUGGAAGGCCAUCCACGACUCCGGUCCUUCACGAAAGGCGGGUGUGUCGGGUGUCGGGUGUGUUGACAUCGACAUAUACCGGCUAUGA